AUGGUGGUGCUCGCAACCCCGCACGGAACGUCGGCCAUGGCGCCGCGACUUCCGGUCGAGAGUGGCGCCGCGCACCAUCCGCACGCUAACAGCGAAGGAGCGCUUUCCGCCUCGGCGGGAAGCGACGGCGCCGGUAGGGCGGAACAGUCGCCGCCGUCGCCGCCAGCGAAAGGGGUCGACGGCGACGCGGCAGCGGCGCUGUCGCCAGCGCUAGUAGCAGCGAGCGGAGAUGAGGGCAAGGCGGCGUCGGCGCUGUCGCGGCAUUCAAUAGCGGACUGGCUAGCGAUGGUGCUGUGGAUGGGGUGGCUGCACAUCGUGCUCGCGCUGUUCGUGCUCAUCGCGCUCACGUUCCCACACCCCCUCGCCAUCGCGCUGCUGCUGCUUCUCGCCACGCUCGCCGUCACGCCCGUCGACGUCGAGGGGCCCCUCGCCCAGGCCUACCGCAGGUCCGCCUUUCCUCCGCAGUCUCCGUUUCGGUGGAUCUACCCUGUGGUGCUGCGCCACUUCCCCGUGCGCAUGCUCUUCCGCGACCAGAGCACGCUCACCUUCGGCAAGCCCUACGUGAUAGACGUGCGCUUGCUCUUGCUCCCCCGUGCACGGCCGCAGCGCCGUCCCCUUCGACAAGCCCUACGUCGACUCGAGAGUAUUGCACACAGUGUCCAAGGGUGUCCAAUCAGUGCGGCCAUCUCUCACAUCCCACUUUUUGAGUCGACUCAAAAGCCAAGGGUGUCCAAUCAGUGCGGCCAUCUCUCACAUCCCACUUUUGAGUCGACUCAAAAGCCAAGGGUGUCCAAUCAGUGCGGCCAUCUCUCACAUCCCACUUUUGAGUCGACUCAAAAGCCAAGGGUGUCCAAUCAGUGCGGCCAUCUCUCACAUCCCACUUUUGAGUCGACUCAAAAGCCAAGGGUGUCCAAUCAGUGCGGCCAUCUCUCACAUCCCACUUUUGAGUCGACUCAAAAGCCAAGGGUGUCCAAUCAGUGCGGCCAUCUCUCACAUCCCACUUUUGAGUCGACUCAAAAGCAAAGGGUGUCCAAUCAGUGCGGCCAUCUCUCACAUCCCACUUUUGAGUCGACUCAAAAGCCAAGGGUGUCCAAUCAGUGCGGCCAUCUCUCACAUCCCACUUUUGAGUCGACUCAAAAGCCAAGGGUGUCCAAUCAGUGCGGCCAUCUCUCACAUCCCACUUUUGAGUCGACUCAAAAGCCAAGGGUGUCCAAUCAGUGCGGCCAUCUCUCACAUCCCACUUUUGAGUCGACUCAAAAGCCAAGGGUGUCCAAUCAGUGCGGCCAUCUCUCACAUCCCACUUUUGAGUCGACUCAAAAGCAAAGGGUGUCCAAUCAGUGCGGCCAUCUCUCACAUCCCACUUUUGAGUCGACUCAAAAGCCAAGGGUGUCCAAUCAGUGCGGCCAUCUCUCACAUCCCACUUUUGAGUCGACUCAAAAGCCAAGGGUGUCCAAUCAGUGCGGCCAUCUCUCACAUCCCACUUUUGAGUCGACUCAAAAGCCAAGGGUGUCCAAUCAUGAUAGCAUUGGAGCCGCACUCGUUUUUGAGAAUUCUCAAAAACCAAUUCCCCUCGUUCUCCCCCCCCCCUGCAGUGAUAGCAUUGGAGCCGCACUCGGUGCUGCCGUGAUAGCACUGGAGCCGCACUCGCUGCUGCCGGUGUCAAUGGCCGCGUUCAUGUGCCACCCGCUGGGGGGGGGCGGCGUGGCAGGCGCCACGAGCGCCAUCUUCCGCGUGCCGCUGCUGCGCCAGUUCGGGCAGUGGGGGCGCCUCGCCCCCGCCACGCGCGCCGUGCUCUCUGCCGUGCUGCAGCGCGGCCGCCCCGUGAUCAUCGUGCCGGGCGGCGUGCAGGAGUGCCUCUUCAUGGCUCCCGGCAAGGAGGUGGUGUUCGUGCGCCAGCGCUUGGGCUUCAUCCGCCUCGCGCUGCAGCACGGCGUGCCCGUGCUGCCCUGCUUCGCUUUCGGCCAGACUAGUGCAUACCGCUGGUGGAGGCCAGAGGGGGAGUGGUUCCGGUGGGUGGCGCGGAGAAUAGGGUUUGCGCCGAUGCUCUUCUGGGGCAUGUGGGGGUCUCCCAUCCCCUUCCGCACUCCCCUCACCAUCGUCAUCGGCACACCCAUCGGACAGGGUGACCCUGACCCCAACCCCUCGAAAGAAAGGGUGGCAGCAGUGCAUGCGGAGUACGUGAGGGCGUUGGAGCGACUCUUCCUAGACUACCGCGCCCAGGCGGGCUACCCCACCACAGAGCUGGAGAUCAUUCAAUCUCACGUGAUUGUGCGUGUGUUUUCACGUGAAAUCCCACCCCACCUGUUGCCUCUCCCUCCCACCCACCCACCCACCCACCUCGUCAUAGCCUCUACCUCCACCCCACCAUCUUUUCUUUCCCACCACGCCGUCCUCUCCCCCUCCCACUCGCCGUCGCCUCCCACCUGCCGUCGCCUCUCCUUCCCACCCGCCGUCGCCGCUCCCUCCUCCCGCCGCCGCCGCUCCCUCCUCCCGCCGUCGCCGCUCCCUCCUCCCGCCGUCGCCGCUCCCUCCUCCCGCCGUCGCCGCUCCCUCCUCCCGCUGUCGCCGCUCCCUCCUCCCGCCGUCGCCGCUCCCUCCCACCCCGCCGUCGUCGCCUCCCCCGCUCGUCCCACCGUCGCCGCUGACAGCAGCUGCACGAGCGCGAGCUGGUGGGCGAGCGCGGAUCGACCCCUGAGGCACCGUAAUUUUCAGAGGGAGAGAGGGAGAGCGAGUGAGAGAAUUCGCACGCGAUCGAGCACGCUGGCGCCUAGUGCGCUGGUGCCUAAAGCCUUGGCGCUGUGCGCGCUGGCGCCGUUCGCGCUGGCGCCUUGCGCACUGGCGUCUUGCGCGCUGGCGUCUUGCGCGCUGGCGCCUUGCGCGCUGGCGCCUAACGCGCUGGCGCCUUGCGCGCUGGCGCCUAACGCACUGGCGCCUAUCGCGCUGGCGUCUUGCGCGCUGGCGUCUUGCACGCUGGCGCCUUGCGCGCUGGCGCCUUGCGCACUGGCGCCUUGCGCGCUGGCGCUUAACGCGCUGGCGCCUUGCGCGCUGGCGCCGUGCGCGCUGGCGCCUUGA